AUGUCAAAUUCAAAACAUGCGCCAGAAAGAGAAACACCGGAAAAACAUAUCGAUUACUGUUUACAAUUUAAUCGAUGGUUUCUCAAACCAAUCGGUGCGUGGCCACAAAUAAAUGCACCGAGUCUAGGGUGCAAAAUCAUGAUAUUACUGCAAAUUUUCAUUUGUUCAAGCAUACUAAUAGUCACAACGAUACCAUGUAUCUUGUAUGCGUUACUUGAAGCAGAGAAUAUUCAACAAAAACUGAGUAUCAUAACACCAUUGGUCAACAGAUUUAUUAGCUCGAUGCAUUACUGGGUAUUGUUAAAGCGCAGCGAUGAUAUUCACAAAUUAAUACGACAUAUGGAGACAGACUGGAAUCUUAUGCAAAGCGUCGGCGAACGUGAAGUGAUGCUGCAACAUGCCAAGUUUGGCCGUUUCGUUACUAUAAUCUGUGGAAUAAUGAUGCAGGGCAGUUCCCUAUUAUUCGGCUUAGGGCAAUCGAUGAGAACUACUACUAUCAUCAUCGGCAACGAGACUUUUACAACGCAUGCGACGACGUGUCCGAUUUACAGCAAAAUCAUCGAUACGAGAUUUACUCCUCUAAAUGAAAUUGCGAUAGUUCUACAAAACGUGAUAAUAUUAAUACUAAGUUUCUGUACUGCCGGUGGUUGCUGUCUGGCUGCUGCCUUCGCGAUACAUGCUUGUGGUCAGUUAAACGUGCUAUAUGCGUGGCUACAUGAAUUAAUUGAAAACCAAACAGAGGAAAAUCAUAAAGUAGAACAAAAACUGGCUGCUAUCGUAGAACAUCAUCUAAGAAUAUUGAGUUUUAUAUCACAACUGGAAAGUAUUAUGCAUAAACCAGCUUUUGUGGAAUUAACGGGAUGCACAACAAUAAUGUGCUUGCUUGGAUAUUACGUUGCUACGCAUACAGCCAAUUCGUUGGCUGCUAAAGCCGAUAAGUGUUUGGCCAGUGAUGGACUCAUCGAUUACGGAGAAGAUCUCAUCAGUGGUAUUACUGAUAACAUGCAUUUUUUUAAUCGUCAGCAUAUUGGUGCCUUGCGCAUUGGCUAUAUUCCUGGACGAGACUAA